GAGUCCUUCCGCCCGGGCGCUGCCGGGGACAGCUCGGAAGUGCUCAAUCUCUGGCGGAAUGCCCAGGUCAGCGGCGGACGAAGGGUCCGGCCUGGUGCCCGGGGACGUUGGCCGGAUGGCUCCUGGCAUCUUCGAGGCCGUGACUACCUCCUGGGUAGAGUAGUUGAAGGGAAAGUCGCACCUACCGGUUGUAAUACUUUGUCCAGCACCUGCCAACUCUGCUCCGGGUUGACAGAGCUGGUGGAGAGUCAGGGCCCUUGCACAGAGGAGUUUACUGUUUAGUUGGAGAAUCAAAGCACGUACGAAAAAAGAUCUAACGUGUGGCACGAUGCGGUAGAGGGUAAAUGAGCAGUACAAACAGGAUCUUCUUAAGCAGUUUAGAAGGAUCCAUUCCUGAGCUAAGGUCGUCAGAAAAAGUUUCAUUAUAUUUCACAGCUGCUAAAUGAUGCGGGUCCACGAGAUCCAGUCUCACAUGGGACGCCUGGAGACGGCAGACAAGCAGUCUCUGCACUUAGUAGAAAACGAAAUCCAAGCGAGCAUAGACCAGAUAUUCAGCCAUCUAGAACGUCUGGAGAUUUUGUCCAGCAAGGAGCCCCCUAACAAAAGACAGAAUGCCAAACUUCGUGUUGACCAGUUAAAGUAUGAUGUCCAGCACCUCCAGACUGCUCUCAGAAACUUCCAGCAUCAGCGAUACACAAGGGAGCAGCAAGAGAGGCAGCGAGAGGAGCUUCUGUCUCGCACCUUCACCACUAACGACUCUGACACCACCAUACCGAUGGAUGAAUCCCUGCAGUUUAACUCCUCCCUCCAGAAAAUCCACCACGGCAUGGAUGACCUCAUUGGAGGCGGGCACAGUAUUCUGGAGGGACUGAGGGCCCAGAGACUGACCUUGAAGGGAACUCAGAAGAAGAUCCUUGACAUUGCCAACAUGCUGGGCUUGUCCAACACAGUGAUGCGGCUCAUUGAGAAGCGGGCUUUCCAGGACAAGUACUUUAUGAUCGGCGGCAUGCUGCUCACCUGUGUGGUCAUGUUCCUCGUGGUGCAGUACCUGACAUGAGCCAACCAAGCCCAGUGGCUGAAUAACAUUCCCGCUGCGUGAGAGUGUGUGUGUGAAAGAGGGGGGCCCAGAGGCUACCUUUUGAAAUGUAUGUCCCUCAUAACUGUGAAGACCACUUAGAAGUAAUUAUGAUCUGUAACCUAGUGGGAAUUUCAAACCUGCUGUUUUCUGUGACAUCUUGGAGGGGCAGUUAGUGCUACCAGGAUGCGCGGUGCUUAGGAAAUGAAAGAAGUACCUGUUCUCUCUCACUCUUACUCUCACUCUCACUGGGGGAGGAAGUGAUGUAAGGGAAAGGGAUGAAGAAGGAAGGGGGAGGAAAAGAAUGGCUUUGGUGGUUUUGUCCACAGAGCUGAUGUGCACCCCGGGAAGGCUUUCAUGGUGAGCCUUGUGGACAGGACUUCCACACUCUGGCCUUUCUGGCUCCUAGGCUAGAGCAGAAGCAAAGAGAAGAGAAAGAGGCCCUCUUUUUCUGUGUCCAUUAUGGUCGAUGGAUUCACAUGCCCUUGCUACUAGCCACUUCCCUCUCCCCCCAAAUGACAUGUAGAUGACUGACUGCUAAUACUUGUCAUCCUCUCCUAGGAGCAGCUACCUAAAGGAAAUAGGCAUUGAUGCUGUUACUGACAGCAAGAUUUUCCACAUUACAAUUGUUGGGUGUUUCCCCUUUCUAAAAUGAGGCCCCUGUUACUCCCUGGGGGUGUUCAGUCUUGAGACUGAAGACCCUAAUUACUGAUUUUUUUCCAGUAGCUAAUAGAAUUGUUGGCUUUUAAGGUUCCAAGACUGCAGCCUGGCACCCAUGCCCAGGCUUUGGUGGGCCUUUGCCCCUUAGAAAGAAGCUGUGAGCAAAGGUUAGUAAUUUGUCAGUUAUAGUCUCAUCUCUAGUCUUAGCAUCUCUAAUUCUUUGGCGCUCUUCCCAUCCUUGAAACAUAUUGGCAACUGUCAGCUGAGCCCCCAUUCUGCCUAGCCAGCGUGGGCAGAUGCCACCCUGGAGACUUCCCUGGUGUAUAUGUCUUUGUGAGACUCUGUUUUCAGGGACCAGGACCUUUUUCCUUCUGUGACCAACCCUAGAUUAGACCUUUUUUCUUCUGUGACCAACCCUGGAUUAAGGCUGUACCAAUACCCAGUGUAUUGUGGAAUUUAUUGUAAAGCCAGUGUGUUUAAUGGGAUUAAUUGCUGAAAGUACCAGAAAGACCUGGUUAGCGUAUUUUUUCAUCUAUCACAGGCCUUACCGGCGCUAGACUCAGUAGCCUUAUGGCAAUACAUAAAAUAACACUCAGAAUUUUCCAGAAGAACUGGAAACCUAGUCAGUAUUAACCCCACCUUUUGUUGUCUUGCCUCACCUACUUCCUGUCUUUGUCUCCUGUCGUUUGAACUAUCUUCUCUUCCCUUUUCUGUAUGUCUUCCAUUCCACCUCCCUUAUUUACCUCCCACCUGUUUCUGUAGCAGUAUUGGUCUUUUCAGGCACAUCUGUGGCAUGGAUCCCCUUUUGAUAAAUGUUUCUUAAUUGUCACAGAUUUUUAACAUGAGUUUCCUGGUUACUGAUUUCAUCCUUUUGGUGAGAUUGCCAUUGCUCCUACCCCUCUGGGCUAAACAGGACCCCUGGGUUUCCAAGGAAGGGGGAAUCCAUGACCCCCUCAUGAAAGGCUUGAGGGCUCUGCUAGAGUGAAAACGGUGGCCUGGAGGUGGACAGAGGGGUGAGGCGUCUUCAGACCUAGAUCUAACUUUGGGGAGGCACAGUUUGAAAUUUCCCUCACACCCAGCACGCCUGCUCUCCCAGGGACCCAGCACAGGGCUCUUAGCAGUCCAUAAAAUAGAUUUUUAAACUGCGCAGUCCUGGCCGUCCUAUCCCAUGGGCACCUGAGGAUCCCGCCAGACAGCACACUUUGGAGGGAGGUGUACAAGGAGUAGUUGAGCCAUUUGGACUUGAACUCAGGGAGGUGGAAACCCCCCGCCCUCCCCUGGCUGGUGUGACAUCCAUUUGUAGUGUACACCAGUGUGUUCCACACUUGCCUUUGUAGUGAUUGUUGGCCUUGAUGAACCAGAAGUAAGGCCUUCCUUCGUGCUGCACCUUCAGAGCCAUUCUCCCUACUUCGUGAUAAAAAUUGUGGAGGUAGUUUGUGGGUCGUUACCGCCUGGAGCUAGGGAACAGCAGCCACAGUGUGUGUGGAGACCCAAGGGCACUGAGACCUCAUGUGGUUGCAUGACUGCCUUCCCUCUCACACGGCUUUCAGUGUCUGGUGAGAAACACACCUUGGCUGACCCGGCACUUCUGUCUCCACAGUCCCCAGUAUAGGGAAGGGUCCCAGGCCUGGGAAGGAGCACCCCCUAGUGGAGUUGGGGUGAAUUCUUAGAUAGAGCUGGUGCAAGAAUCUCUAGUAGACAGCCUCUGUGAGCUUGUCUGGGAUGUUGGUGUCUCUUGUGGUUUAAGACAGGUGGGUCGUCAAGGAACUUGGAAAUAUCUUCAUUCUGUGGACGUUUACUGCAGGUGUGACCACCUUAAGAAAAGCCAAACUCAAAGGCCAAGUAAGUAGGAGUAUCUUGAUCUUACAGAAAGCUUCACUGCUAGGUUUUUUUCCUAAGUCCCUUGCCCUAAUGAAUUUAAACGGGUUUGGUUUGCAAUUUGGAUUUACACCCAUUGUUUUUGAAACACGUCAGUUGAAUAAAGUUGAGAUUUAUUUUAUUUAGAAAAUUAUA